UGGCAGUUAAUGCAGCUCCACACCUUUCCGGUGUAGCAGCACUGCGACCAGCUCGACUUACAGGAGAAAGACGAGAGCUGGGUGUAUUUAUCGAGACAGGAGGGGGAGAUAGGAGGGGGAUAAGAAGUGGAGUUGCAUGAGUGGAUACACGUGUUGCUGAGUCACCGAGGAUUUCUUUCGAAGACGCCGGCAGCAGGGUGAAGUUACCCGGCGCUACGCUUUAUGGACUAGCCGCUGAAAGCUGCUUUUCUCCUCCGGUAGCGGUGAAGAGAACAAGGGCGCACCCGAUGUGGAGGACCGGACACCAGAAGGAACUCACAAAUACCGCGGCCUUUUCGGGGCCUUAUCUACACACGUCUUCUGCUCUCGGCACAUUUUAAUCGCCACAGCCUGUCUUUGACACAUAGCUUUAUGUUGAUUUGGGCAACAAAAUGAACGUCCAGCAACAGCUGCUGCCAAGUUCUUAGUGUAACCGUGCCAUGUUGUGCGUAGGGCCCGCAAACACUGUGAUACUUUGAACAUAAAUGUCCCACAACUUCACUGGAGGCACAUACUUUAAAGUAAAAAGCCAUUAAGUACUGUUCAGUUAGGUGUGCAUUUUUGACUUUUUUUCACCACAUAUGCACUUCACUGAGUCAUGUUUUCAGAAGUAAGCCCAUAAACUGAAGCUAUAACAAAGUGAAUCAUCAUCGGCACAGUUAACAGACUUUUUCUCGUUAGGAUCGAAGUAUUUAUGCACAAGAGUUCAAAAUGGGUAAAGUGCUGUCUAAAAUCUUCGGCAACAAGGAGAUGAGAAUAUUAAUGCUCGGACUUGAUGCUGCGGGAAAGACAACAAUCCUUUACAAACUGAAACUCGGACAGUCUGUCACCACGAUCCCCACAGUCGGCUUCAAUGUGGAGACCGUCACCUACAAAAACGUCAAGUUCAACGUCUGGGACGUUGGGGGGCAAGAUAAGAUUCGCCCUCUGUGGCGACACUACUACACGGGCACCCAGGGGUUAAUUUUCGUGGUGGAUUGCGCGGACAGGGAUCGCAUCGACGAGGCGAGGCAGGAACUCCACCGCAUCAUUAAUGACCGGGAGAUGAGGGACGCCAUCAUCUUGAUAUUCGCCAAUAAGCAAGACCUUCCGGACGCCAUGAAGCCACACGAAAUCCAAGAGAAGCUCGGGUUGACCCGCAUCAGAGAUAGGAAUUGGUACGUUCAGCCCUCAUGUGCGACCACAGGUGAUGGACUGUAUGAGGGCUUGACAUGGCUAACCUCGAAUUACAAAUCUUAAUGAUUGAGUGCUGACUGUUUUAGGUCAAAACUAUAAUACCGUUGCAAGUAACAAAUAACUUCUCAAAAUGAAUAUGGUUAAGAAGAAGAAGUUGAUUAUCUCCCAUUUAUUUUUAAUACUACGUUUACCCCACGACUAAUUUAUCUUUAACUGGGUUUGCUGGCUUAAAGUUUGCUUGUACUCUGUAGCAGGCCUAUAUCACAUUCAUCAUCUUGGGGUUUGCUCGAUGAAUAUUGAAUAAAUUGGUCCUAAUGUUAAAGCCAGAGAGAUCACCGCCUUUGCCUAUUCUUUGCCCUGUUUGUAUGAUUAUUUUUUUCUUUCUAAUGAAGCUGAAGCGUUUGUCUUCAUUCUUGGACUAAAACUUUUAUUCAAGGUUCUUCAGUCUCUGUUGCAUUGAACUCUGAUCUUUUUUUUUUCCUGUCUUUCUGAGGUGAGAUCUUUAAUGUCACGGUAUACUUGAUGGACUUUGACAUCUGUUUGAACACAGUACUGUGAUGAAAAGUAUUUCUUAAUGGUAUUGACUGCUGCAAGGGAAAAAUAAAGCAGAAAUAAAUCACCAUUGCUUACAUUUCAUUGACAUCAGAGGAAGAAAACUACUUGAGACAUGUUUCGAUACCCCUCCCAAUCCCCCUCGGUGGGCUUUAUAGUUUACUGAUUGACCUUCCGUGUCACGUCUUGAUACCUAAUUGUGCUCGAUAUUCAACAAAUGGGCCUCCAGUAACUCUUAAACAUGCUUGUUGGGAUGCAUUUUUGAUUUUGGGUGACAUGUUGUAAGUUGACUCAAUCUUUCCAAAGGAAUGUCAUUCAGCUCCGAGCUCUCUAAAUCUGAUUCCACAGUUGAUUAGUCUCAGUAUCGGGACAUUAUAUGAUAGCCUAUAUCUGUAGCAUGAGUACGAAAGUACAGUAACCCUACAUCAGAGUCCAUCUGUUGUGCAGUCAGAGGGAGCUGUGUACUGGUGAAAUGUUGAAGACACCCUGUGGUGCAGCUCUUACUCUUAUUUUGACUGGGGGGGGGGGAAACCAUGUACAGAACAAUGUCAUUGUAAUGUCUUAUUAAAAAAGUGAUUUUAAAUCUA